GAGAGAGAAAGCGAAAACACCCCUCCUUCGUUUGCGCGUUUUUUUUUGGAAUCUCUCUCUCUCUCUCCGGCUGUGUGCGACAAUGGAAUUUUCACAGAGCGCCGGGAUCCGAGAUUUUCGAUCGGAGGACACAUCUGAAUCUCUGUUCGCGUAAUCUCCAAUCGCCGUCUCCGGCAUUGCUUCGUCGGUCAUCCGAAUCGUAUUUGUUUAAAGGGUGGUUUUAUGGAGAGUUAGAGGAAAGUCUCCUUUACAUCUGGAAUUUUCGGCUCACAAGAACAAUGUCAACAAGAGGAGAACAUCACACAGUUCCCCUUUCCGUGUUGCUCAAACGGGAAUCUGCGAAUGAAAAAAUAGAGAAUCCCGAAAUUGUAUACGGACAGGCGAACCAGAGCAAGAAAGGAGAGGAUUUCACACUCUUAAAAACGGAGUGCCAAAGGGCCAUGGGAGAUGGCGUUACUACCUUCUCGGUUUUUGGGAUUUUUGAUGGACACAAUGGAACUGGAGCUGCCAUCUACACUAAGGAGAAUCUCCUAACCAAUGUGUUAGCUGCAAUACCCUCUGAUCUUAACAGGGAUGAGUGGGUUGCGGCCCUUCCUAGGGCUUUGGUUGCCGGAUUUGUGAAAACAGAUAAAGAUUUCCAGGAAAAAGCUAGAACUUCCGGAACAACCGUGACGUUUGUCAUUAUAGACGGAUGGGUGGUAACUGUUGCAUCUGUUGGAGACUCUCGUUGCAUACUUGAGCCUGCAGAGGGUGGUGUCUACUAUUUGUCCGCAGAUCAUCGGCUCGAAAUUAACGAAGAAGAGAGGGAACGUGUCACUGCAAGUGGUGGUGAAGUUGGUCGGCUGAAUACUGGUGGCGGUACUGAGAUUGGUCCUCUGAGAUGUUGGCCUGGUGGUUUGUGUCUCUCAAGAUCAAUUGGAGAUAUGGAUGUUGGCGAAUUCAUUGUCCCAGUUCCUUAUGUAAAACAAGUCAAGUUGUCUUCAGCUGGUGGUAGGCUUAUAAUCUCAAGUGAUGGUGUAUGGGAUGCUUUGACAGCCGAGACGGCUCUUGAUUGUUGCCGGGGAUUGCAUCCAGAACCUGCUGCUGAACAGGUUGUUAAAGAAGCUGUCGGACAAAAGGGUCUUCGUGAUGAUACCACCUGUAUCGUUAUUGAUAUAUUACCUCCGGAAAAGCCAGCUGCUCCUGUGCCUGGUCCGAGAAAGCAAGCGAAAGGAAUGUUAAAGUCCAUGUUCAAGAGAAAAACUUCUGACUCUUCUUCUAAUAUAGAGAAAGAGUAUGCGGAACCAGACGUGGUUGAAGAAUUGUUUGAAGAGGGUUCUGCUAUGCUUUCAGAAAGAUUAGACACGAAGUAUCCACUCUGCAAUAUGUUUAAGCUGUUCAUGUGUGCGGUUUGUCAAGUAGAGGUAAAACCUGGAGAGGGUGUUUCGAUACAUGCCGGAUCAUCUGAUUGCCGGAAGCUUCGUCCCUGGGACGGUCCGUUCCUUUGUGUAAGUUGCCAAGAGAAGAAAGAAGCCAUGGAAGGCAAAAGACCGUCUGGAGACAGACAUAGUAGCGAAAGCGAUUAGGCAAGACAUCACAUCUGCGAUAUGCCUUCAUCAGCAAAUCACUAACAACACUUAUCUUCAGUAUCGGGGGGAAAAUCGGAGCUUUUUCGGGGGGAAAAUUUGCUAAAUUAUCUUCAAUCUUAUGGUGUGGUCUGGUCGAGCUCCAAGGACUUGUGGAAUCUUCACUCCCCGUUUUCGACAUUGAUCCUUGGCCAAAAGACCAGCAUUGCAUAUUUCGGACACACGUUGAAAUCAGUUAAAAAAGUAUUUGUUUCUUUCACUUUGCUCCCGCUGUGCAAAGUCUGGAUGCGCGGAUAGCAAGCGGUCCAACCAUUGUUUUAAGUUAGAGGUAAAUUCCGUUUCUUGUUUUUACGUUUCUAAGUUUUGUUCCUCGUUUCCCCGGGUGCGUUUGGUGAUCCAAAUGGAUAGAUCUAACAGCGAAAGUAUCAUCGCAAAGUUUAGGGGUCGGGUCUGUAUGCAAAUUGUUGGAAGUAAGAUUAUAGCCUGGAAGGAACAAUGGGAGAGGAGAGGAGUAUUGCCUGCCUUCAUUGUAACUUUUUGUUCUUCCUCUUGACGGUUAUAAAUAUCUAUUUGCAUGUUCUCUC